CUUGCUACACCACAUGCUCUUGUGAUAAGAUAGAAUUGAAAACUUAUUUUAGCCUUUCUAGCCAAACUUCUUGGGGGUUUUACGUCCCAUCUCUUUGUUUAAGCAAUAUACUUGUUUAAAUUAAUUAUUUUCGAGUUGCAAGUUCUUAACUCUCAAAAUUCCAUGGCCUCGACGAUCUAUUUAGUUUUGUUGUUCUUAUUCUUUUGUAUGGUCGCUGAGGCUCAAGAUGUAGAAUUCCUCUUCAAUGGAUUCAAUGGAAGUGAAGCAAACCUCACACUUGAUAAAGUUUCCAUUAUCAAGCCUAGUGGUUUACUAAGGCUCACCAACAAAACGCAAAAUGCUGUAGGACAUGCAUUUUAUUCCGAAAAAGUACAAAUGCUUAACAGAAGUUCAUCUUCGUCUCCGAAUGCUUCUUCUUUCAGCACAGCUUUUGUCUUUCAGAUAAUCUCUCCAUCCAAAGGUGAGGGAGGAUUCGGCUUUGCUUUCACCUUAUCUCCCUCCGAUCGGCUUCCUGGGGCUGAGGCGAGGCAUUACCUUGGUCUUUUCAACUCUACGAACGAUGGUUCGUCCUCCAACUAUAUUUUUGCUGUCGAAUUCGACACAGUUAAUGGAUUCAACGAGAGUACAGACUCUGUAGGCAAUCAUGUCGGAAUCAACAUCAACAGCGUGGAUUCAAAAGCAGGAAAACCAGCUUCUUAUAACGACGACGUAGACCGGCUUGAUUCAUUUGAAGAAUUGGUGUUGGAGAGUGGUCAACCUAUUCAAGCUUGGGUCGAAUAUAAUGGUGUGACUAAAUGUAUUAACGUAACAAUAGCUCCCAUGGACCAUGGCAAACCGAUUGAACCACUCAUUUCCUUCCCACAAGAUCUAAGCACUUAUGUUAGGGAGGAUAUGUAUGUUGGUUUCUCCGCCUCUACUGGAAAUAAGGCGAGUUCUCAUUACAUACUGGGAUGGAGUUUUUCCACCAAGGGAGAAGCCCCUCCACUAAAUCUUUCUCGGCUUCCUAUCGCACUGCAGGAGAAAAAUUCAUCGUCUUUCCGACCCUCAGUGAUUGUUAUUAUCGCAUCUUUAUGCGGUGUGACCACUCUUCUGUUUGUAAUACUGUUCUUUCUUACGGUGUAUAAAAUAAAGUGGCGGCAAUCUGAGGCUCUUGAAGACUGGGAAUUGGAGUGUCCACACAGGUUUCGCUAUCAAGAUCUUUAUACAGCAACUAAGGGUUUUAAAAAGAGUGAGAUCAUCGGAGUGGGUGGGUUUGGCGCAGUGUACAAAGGUAGAUUGCCUACAAAUGGAAACGAAGUUGCUGUUAAGAAGAUCAAUAACAACUCAAUCCAGGGUUUGAGAGAAUUCACUGCGGAGAUUGAAAGCCUGGGACGUUUACGGCACAAGAACUUGGUGAAUCUCCAAGGAUGGUGCAAGAAAAAUAAUGACCUCCUCCUAGUUUAUGACUUCAUCCCAAAUGGAAGCCUGGCCGGUCUCCUCUUCAGUCGGAUAAAUAACUUUGUAUUGAGCUGGGAGCAAAGAUUCAAUAUUGUUAAAGGCGUUGCAGCAGGGCUUUUGUAUUUGCAUGAGGAAUGGGAGCAAGUGGUGAUUCACAGAGAUGUCAAGUCAGGCAAUGUCUUGAUAGAUGCAGAAAUGAACGGGCGGCUAGGAGACUUUGGUCUAGCCAGGUUGUAUGAUCAUGGCACGAUGUCGCACACCACAAAUAUUGUUGGCACGAUAGGGUAUCUUGCACCUGAAUUGACACGCACUGGCCAGUCUUCUACCAGCUCCGAUGUGUAUGCAUACGGUAUUUUGCUUCUUGAAGUGGCUUGUGGCAGAAAACCCGUUGAAACUAGUAACUUCAUUCUGAUAGAUUCAGUGAUUGAAUACCAUCAAAUGGGUAGAGUUAUUGAUGCAGCUGAUCCAAAGCUGAACUCUGCAUUCGUGGUCAAAGAAAUGGAGUUGGUCCUAGGGUUGGGUCUUCUUUGUUCUCAUCGCAAACCUAAAGCCAGGCCAACCAUGAGACAAGUUAUACGGUAUCUUAACUGGGAAGAUAAGCUUCCUGUAAUUGAUGAUUUGGGCUCUCCUGAUUCUCUGCGUGGGAGCACAAAAUUUAUGGAAGUUUCGGUUUCCAGUAACACGAUCACAGGAUCAUAUCCUUCAUCUUCCAUCGGUUACAUGACUUCAAGUUCUAUGGAUGCAGGCAGAUAGCAGAAUCCAUCUUCCUUUUAUUUCAUCAUCAUCAUCGGCUUUUUUAGCUUAUAGUUUGUAUAAGUUCCAUACUAGCAGCUUAUAUAUAGUUCUAGUUCCAUUCUACCAAAAGUAGAUUAUGUACACUGAAAAGAGUUAUUUAAUUUUCUUUCAUUUCCCAGUCAUGCAGAACAGGAAAUUGAUUCUUGACCGUGUUAUGCAUCAAUCUCAUGAUUUUUGUUCUGAA